CAAUGGGUCUGCGCGGGCAGAGUCUUUACUUUUGCUUUCCAAAUCCAUCAAAUGCAUGCAUUUGUCAAAGAGAUUGCUAAACUGAGUCCCUAUAGUUAGUUGGACAGUCAUGAGUGAAGGAAGCAAACUGCAAAAAGUCCAAGUCUUGGAGGAAGGAUGGAAGAAACAGGCAGAAAAACUGUGUAGAGAAUUCCAGACAAUGGGUGGUGAAAUGAUCAUCGUGGCCAGACAACCAAGCAGACAGCUGUUUGCCUGCUGUACCUCUAAUGCAGAAAAAGGCAUGGUGAAAAAUUUUAGCACCUUCAAAGAAUGCCUGCCACUUCCACAAAGUUUAGUGAAGAUAGCACCUGGGGCAGCUAAUAAGAGUAAAACAAAUGAUGAUAAAGCAAAAAUAACAACUGAAACUCAAAUGGAGAAAGGAAAGAAACUUGUCGCUACAACAUCUGGUUUAGUGAAGAUAACUCCUGAGGCAGCAAAUCAGAGUAAAACAAAUGAUGUCAAAGCAAAAAUAACAACUAGAUCUCAAGUCGAGAAAGGAAAGAAAAUCAUUGCCAUAAUAUCCGACAAACAGGAAAAUACUUCCAUAAGUAAUACAAAAUUUGUGAAGAUAACUCCUGGGGCAGCGAAUAAGAGUACUAAAUUAAAUAAUGAAAAAGCAAAAAUAACAACUGAAACUCAAAUGGAGAAAGGAAAGAAACUCAUCGCUACAACAUCGGACAAACAGGAAAACAGAAACCCAGAAACUUCCAUAAGUAAGACAACUAAAGAAUCACUCAAAAGGAAAAUUCUUACAGGUGAAAAAAUAAGUGAGAAAAGUGAGCAAGAAGAUGAAAUAUUUUGCGAUCUGGAUUUAGAAGUCACGGAGGAGCCAGGACCAGAGGAAGUGUCUGAGAAACAGGACAAAACAAAUAACAAAACAGAAACCAGUAAGAAACCCAAGACUUCAAACGCAGCAGGAAAGGAUAUAAAGAUUUCUCUUGCUAUAAACAAGCCUGUUUUAAGAGCAUCUCUAGCACAGUCUUCUGAGAAAUCUUCUGAUAAGGGCAAUGAAAGAAUUUCUCCAAAUGCAGCAGAGAUCAAAAGCAAUCAGACAAACAAGCCUUCAAUUUUAUCAAGAAAAUCUCAUACACCUAAAUCCGAGGCUGUUCCUAAAUGCCAAGCAUCUGAUAUUGUCCUUCAGUUUUCUGUUCCUCCGUCACAAAGUCAAAGCACCAGUACAGGUUCAGGUUCUGUGAGCAGUAAACCUGGGUCCCAGACAAACACUGUCAGCUCUAAGAUUGUCUUGCCUGUAUUUCUGUCUAGUAAAGAGGCAGUGAUUUCUAGUGGAGUGACAGGGAAAGACAGUGGUAACAGUUCUGCUCUAACACUGACAACAUCCAGUGCUGGGAGCCCUUUGGUUAGUAACCUUGCUUCUCAUGUUCAAAAAGAGAACUCUUCAGAACUGAAGAGCAAAGAAGCCCAAGCCAAAGGAGCUCCUCAGAAAGAAACCUUGAAUAUGGUUUUGGUCAGGGAUUCGAAUCAACAACUUUGUCUUGUCCCACAACCAUCAAAAGAUGGAAAAGUUCAGCUAGUAGGAAAUCAGGUGUCCAUCCCACUUACAUCAAGUCAAGCACAGUCAGCAAACAACACAAGUUCUACUCCCUUACAGUCAGGAUUUGUUUUGGUACCAUCAAGUCUGACAAGCUCUGGUAGCACUACUGUGGCACCAAGGAAGGCUACCACAACACCACAAAAGAUUCUACCAAAGGGUGAUAAAACUACUGCACAGAAUAACCAAACCACCAAAGAUUUGAAUGAUACACCAACAACCAUCCCCACUUCCUUGCCUAAGGUGUUUAUUUUAGCAGCACCCAACUCCAUGUCAUCUGCCUUAAAAAGCAAUAGGACUGGUUAUAUUGUCCCAAUGCCAGCCACACCCAAUCCCGCGGUGUCCCAGGCAGGGGCUGCCGCAGCAUUGCUCUCUAACGGCACAGAGGCCUCCACUGCCACUCCUAAAGACCAGACAAAUUCAACAUCUCAGCUUCAAUUUGUCGAUAAAGAAACGGACGAUCCAGAGGAGGAAGCUGAACAGAAUGUCAGCCAGGAAGGAGCUUCACCAAAGUCGCAAGACAAGGAAAAGGCUUCAGUUUCAACAAAAAAGACAAACAAAGUAUCUGUUGCAAAGAGUCCUUUUGUGAGGGUUGGCAAUAGUAUGUAUCGACUUGUAGUGAUGAAUGGACAGCAAUUCCUUGUCCCAGUUCAACAACUGAUGCGUUAUGGACAGAAAAUGACGACGACCUCAACUGAUCAUAAGAAAACAAAACUACCUAAAUCUAAGAAAAGAAAACGUGAAGAAGGAAAGGACUCAGACUCCGGAAAAAAACAGAAAACAUCCCAUGCACCAUCGUCAAAGAAUCCAACAAAUGUUCCUGUAGAAAAAUUUGUAGAAUCAGAGAGUGAUCCAGAGGAAGAAGAUCUGUCUGAGAUUAAUGAGAUGAUAGAAAGGAGGUCGAAAUUCAAUGAAUCAGGACAACCAAGCCCCUCUCAAGGACCAGUAGAUAAACCGAAAUCUGGAGAUGAAACCCAGGCACAUGAAAACGAGCAAGGAGAUUCCACAACACCCAAACCCAACUUGAAUGAUGCACAGGAUAAAGAGCAGGGAUUUUCCACAAACCCACAACCUAUUGUCUUGAAACAGGAGAAUGAGAAUGGAUUUUCCACAGACCCACAACCUGAGCCAAGUAUUAUUCCGAAACAAGAAAAUGAGCAUGGAUCAUCCGAAAACUCACAAGAGAACCCACCUGCCAUCCAACAACAGGCCAGUGACCAUGGAUAUUCUGUUCAACAAGAAGACAUCCCCCCAGCUCCAUGUAUCAUGUGUUCAUUCAAGACGUGUUACUGGAAACCAAUGGCUGACCAUAUGAGACGACGUCAUGGCUCUAAGAGAUAUUGCAUCAAGUGCAAUAAUUUCAUGGCAAGUUCCAGGUUUUAUACCCAUAAUUGCACCAGACGAGGCAUCAAUAAAAAUCGGAAGCAGAUAUGUCUGAUCUGCUCUCGACUGGCUAGCAGUGCCUUAGAAUUGAUCAAACAUUACAGAGUCAGUCAUAGAACUGAUAUUGAGAAACACUGUCACAGCAAUUCACUAUACAGGAGUGUGAGGUCGCAGAAAAUAUUCGUGUGUAAAGGUUGCGGUACAUUGGAAUACUCGGAGCAGAACAUGCUGAUCCAUAUAAGAAAGUUGCACUUCUGUGAACUCAAUAAGAAUAAAGAGCAACAGAGCCAGGGAGUGCAAAAAAAGGAACCUGUUUGUGUGUGUCCAGUGUGCCUUUUUCAUUUUCCAGAGGAAGAACAUUUGAAAUAUCACAUUAAUAUUUUUCACAGUGGCAAGCGCGAUGAUAGAGGUACUGUUGAGUGCAGUUUGUGUGACAACACCUUUACUUCUAGUGAUGAGUUGUUUAAUCACUAUAAAACUCAUACACCAAAUGUCAAAUACAGGUGUGUACUCUGUGCACAGCACAACGAGCCUAUGAAUUCACUGGAGGAGGUGCAGCGUCACAGAGAAAUCUUCCAUCCUGUGAACAAGCAUGUGGAAGCCUUACUUUUGUGUCCUGAGCCAGAGUGUCAGGAGACCUUCCACGAAGACAUAGACUUUGUGCUUCACACAAUCCGACAUCAAAUAGGAACCAAAUACAGCCAUACUUGUGCCAAGUGUGAUUUCUCUACCUCUUCCGAGAUCUUGCUGGCAAAGCAUGAAUCAAAAUUUCACUAUGAAUCUGAAAAGAGGUGUCAUUUCUGCACAAAGCGCUUCAAAAUGCCAGAACACUUAACAAAACAUAUGUUGUUACAUAAAACAAUGGAAAAAAGUACCAGUGGCAGUGACACAACAUUUAUUUGUGAUCGUUGUGGGCAAAUAAAUACAAGUGCCAAAAAGCACAGACGUCACAUGAGCAAACACAAGGAAAAGGACCGCAAUGAGGAGACGCCAUGUAAAGUGUGCGGAGAGGUUUUCGUUUCAGCCACAAACGCAGCCAAACAUAUGUUCAAGUGUCAUCCAGAAGAGGAACAUAAUUUACAGUUGCCGAUCUACCCAUGUGCUUAUUGUGACUAUGUCAGUUUGUAUCGCGGUGACUACCGGCGUCACAUGUCAACUCACAAGAGAACCAAUCAUUUUGUUUGUAAAAUAUGUGACAGGGGCUUCAAGGACAGACCAGGUCUUAGAAGCCACUUAAAACUUCACAAACAAGGACGAAAUCACAGGAAAUUCAGGUGUUUUGCCUGCCAUCUGGACAGAGAUGGGAUUAGAAUGAAAAGUCACCUGACCACUGAGAAUCACAAAAUGAAUUGUAAAUUGGCUGGCAUCAAUCUGGACGAUUACAAUAAUGACCUACUGAAUUUGUUCCCAUCCAAAGGAGAGGCUCUGAAACUCCCAAGGAAAGAUUUAAUCCAGAAGUCCUAUAUCGACCAGUGUGAAAAGGUUCACAAAGAGCACUGUAAGAGAGCAUCUCUUCUAAUGGUGGAAGAAAAGUCCUACACAGUAGUAACUCCAGAUGGCGAUGAAAUUCAGCUGGAUAUGCCCUCAAAAAAUCCCAAAUGUGAGGAAUGCGGAUUGUUGUUCAAGUCUGUGGAGGAUCUAGAGGAGCACAGAGAACAUGUCCGAUUGUUAGAGCUGUCAGCCAAUAGAAACUACUGCCUCUGCGAGGUCUGUGAUGUCCAUUUUUUUGAUAGAAUAGGUGCGGCCAAGCAUGCAACCUUGAAAGACCACAUCGAAAAAUGUCGCCUGAAGGGCGUGGAACCCGAUGAUAUUUUGAAAAAGAAUAACAUUUCUAAAGAUGUUUCUUUCGAGAAGAGAAAAGAAAUGCCAAAACACGGAUAUAGGUGCACGGUUUGUGAUGCGUAUUUUGCUUCUAGAGAUAAGAAGGCGGUUCAUAUUACCAAGGACAUUCAUGUUCAGAAGUGCCAGGAGUUAGGGUUGGAUCCUGCUGAUGAUCAUUUUGAAGAUUUAACAGAACCCAGCAAUGAAGAGAAAUUGCCAAAUAAACAUGAUAAAGAAAGAAAGAAAAUAAGUAGAAUUGAAAAAGCAAUCAGCAAGCGAAAGAAACUGAAACUGGACAGCAUAGAACUCAUGGGUGUACAGGUACCAAGACUGAUUUCAUUUGAAUGUUUAGUGUGCGGUGUUAUGUUGGCAGGCAGAAUUCAGGGCAUUGAUCAUUUGAACACAACAAUACAUAGAGAAAAAUGUUCCAGUUUAGGCAUACAGUCUACUCCGGGUAAUCUUGGAGUAAGGGUAUCUGAUGUCAAGUCAGUAGUGGGGAAAUCUUUACCACAGAUCUUGGGAGUAGCAACAGACACAGUUUUCCCCAUUUCGAAUGAGGAAAGAGGAGUCUAUGUGCGCCAGAUUGUGGAGGCAGAAAUGGCAACAAAGAAUUUUUCAAAAAUGAAAUACCGUAUUCUGAAAAUUCGACCCGAUUCCAAUGAUGCAGAAGUUGUAGUGGCAGAACUGCGAGAUGAGGAAAUGGACACAAUGCAACAGUCUGCAGAAGUGCCACCAGAGUCCAUAACAGCAGAAGUCAACUAUAAUCUCCCACAGACAGCUGAAGAUGAGACUUCAUACAGCGCGCAGAAACUUUCUUACCUUAUUGAAUCUUUAAGUAACUCUAUAACGUCUGAUACCCAAUCAUCAGUGCAGCAAGGUCCUACAGUUCCAUUGUCUACUCCAUCACCCAAACAAAGCAUUCUAUACAAACCAAGGUCAGCAUUGAAAAGCACUUCAGGUAAAAAAGGGAUUUCAAAGAAAGGUAAUGUUUUAAAGCCAUCCAAAAAACAACAAAAGAAGUCUGCAUCUUCCAAUGAAGUUGCAGUAGAAUCAGCAAUGGAAGUGGACCAGAUUUUCUAUCAAGGUGUUGCAGGGGUAAAUGAAAUUGAAAUAUCUGAGGACAUUGACUUUGAGACUGUCAGUUUUGAAUCAUUUUGAUUCAUUUUAAGUAGACUGAGCUUUGAAUUUUUUUAAGUGUUAGUGACAGUGAGUUGAAUCUUUUUAGAAGAUUCAUUUUAAGUAGUUACUCUUUUUGUGUUAUUCUUUUAAUGUAUGUGGUUUGACACAUGAAGUUAUUUUUUGGAAUAUUACUUAUUAAAGAUUUAUUCAUAUUGA